GAGAUCGCAUUUUCGCGCACGCUCCCCUUCUGUUUCUCAACAUUCCCAUCCAUCCAUCCACAAAGGUUGUUGCAUGAGGGUAAUCCCAUUCGGCUUCUUUUUUUCUACACGGCUCUCUCACAAGACCCCGACCACGGUGAUUGACCGCAACGGCGCAACGGCGCUGGCUAAUCAAUUCACAGCCUCUGUAAAUCAGUCCCGGAUCCCGAACUGGGGGCGGCUUGCAGAAGAAGGUCAAUGGCUGGCGCCACGGCAACUUUUUAUUAGACUCUCUCGGGAGAGGCAAGUUGGGCACGAGAUCAAAAUCUCUACGCAGACCUAAGAAGCAAGCAUUUAGCCAGGGGACCACGUGACGUCAUGAAGUUCGCGAAGGAGCUUCAGAGGGAUUUAGUGCCCGAAUGGCAACAAGCAUACCUCAACUACAAAGAGGGCAAGAAGCACAUCAAGGUCGUCGCUCGCGCCAUCAAUCGAGCCAAGGGUAAAGGUUCACUGACCCCGAACCUUGCCCGACGAUCACCAGAUGACUUGCCUCCCCACCCGACUCCUAGCUUCUCACCCAGGCGCAAGCAAAGUUAUCAUGCUCGCUCUUUGGCGACCAGAGGGACCGCCCAGGGUGAAGAUGGCGACAUUGGAAAUGCCUUGUCUGCCACUCGUUCGAAAUCGACCCCAGCGCCCGGGCCGUCGAGGACCAAGGACGGCUUAACACUGUCGCCAGCUCUGGACAUCGCGCCCCGGAAAGGGAAAAACGAUGGCCGCUUGGGUGAGACCCAGCUGCUCAAGGACUCAUGGGGAAGCGACACGCACUAUGGCAGCUUCGUGCCAACUCCUCCGGCUGCUCCUCAACCUGAUAAUCCACUCACCAAGUCUACAUCUUAUCAAAAUAACUUUGAGCUUCCGGCCCCUGCUAUGAAAAUACCCUCCAGGACUGACGAUUUUAACAAACUUGCCCCCCUGUUGUCAAACCCAUUUCACAGAAGCCAUACUAUGCAGUUUCCAGUGGGUGGGGCACGUUGCGGUUCGGCUGAAGACUCACAAAAGUCCCCUCGUCAACGGCCCGUCAGUCGUCGAGCGAGUACUUUUGGGAAGGAUCCCAGGGAGGACCCCUCUGCAGAGACUCCGUCAAGACAGCGCCUGCAACACACGGAGUCUUACCCAACGCCGCGUGGCACCUUGACACGCAAAAAGUCAACCUCGCCCAAUACUGCUGUCGAGCUGGAAGCCAUCGAGCUCGAAAACAACUUCUUCUUUUGGUUGGAUGACCAGCUCGCAAAGGUUGAUACCUUCUACCGGGAAAAGGAGGCCGAGGCGGAGAAGCGUCUAGUUGCUCUCCGGGAACAGUUGCAUGUCAUGAGGAGUCAACGUCUGGAUGAAAUAGAGCAAAUGAGGCAACGCCGCCGUGCUGCAUCCGAAGGCAACGGCGACUCUACUGCUAAAAAGGGAGGGAAACAAAACAAGAGGAGCAAUGAUAGCUCGGAUAACUCAUGGCUUAACCAAGGCUGGAUGCGCCAGUUGCAACCAGCAAAGGCCAAACUCCUCGAGAUAAGCCACCCUCGACCAGGACCCAACUCCAAAGCACUGCAGAAGAUGGCGCAAACGCCACGCAUGAAAGGAUUGCAGGAUCCCUCGAAUAGGGAUUAUACCCGCCGCCCCGUGGCUGAGGAUGUUCCAUACAGGACCGCCAAACACAAAUUGAAGCUGGCCCUGCAGGAGUUCUAUCGCGGCCUGGAGCUACUCAAGUCAUUCGCCCUGCUCAACCGAACCGCCUUCCGCAAGCUCAACAAAAAGUAUGACAAGGCUGUCAACGCCAAACCUACCUACCGUUACAUGCACGAGCGCGUCAAUGAAGCCUACUUUGUCAAGUCCACGCUGUUGGACACGCACAUCGCAGCCGUCGAAGAUCUAUACGCGCGCUACUUUGAGCGUGGCAAUCACAAGAUUGCCGCAGGCAAGCUGCGCAACCUCAACCGCAGGCCGGCAGACGAGUCUGCCAGUGCCUUUCGCAGUGGCCUGCUCAUCGGCGUGGGACUCGUGUUUGCCAUCCAGGGCGGAACAUAUGGGGCCGAGCUCCUGUUUGUCGAAGAUGAUACGCUGAGAGAGCGGACAUCCUACCUCAUGCAGAUCUAUGGCGGCUACUUCCUCAUGCUCUAUCUUUUCGUGCUCUUCUGCCUGGACUGUCGGAUAUGGACAAAAAGCAAGAUCAACUACCAGUUCAUAUUCGAGUUUGACCCUAGAACGCAACUCGACUGGAGGCAGUUGUCCCAGUUCCCGGCUUUCUUCCUGCUGGUUUUUGGAGUUUUCAUCUGGGCCAACUUUUCCCGUUUCGGAGACGAGGAAAUGUACUUAUACUUUCCCAGCAUCUUGAUUGGGCUUACCUUUGUGAUAUUAUUCUUCCCUGCGCCUGUGUUUUAUUGGCGGAGUCGCCGAUGGUUCCUGUACUCACAUUGGCGUCUGCUUCUUGCAGGACUCUAUCCUGUCGAGUUUCGUGAUUUCUUCCUCGGCGACAUUUACUGCUCGCUGACAUACGCCAUGUGUAACAUCGAGCUCUUCUUCUGCCUGUAUCACAACCGCUGGAACGAACCCACACAAUGUAACUCGAGCCAUUCUCGACUGCUAGGCUUCUUCUCGGCACUGCCACCUAUUUGGCGUUUCCUCCAGUGCAUCCGGCGUUACUACGACACUCGUAACGCUUUCCCUCAUCUCGUCAAUUGUGGCAAAUAUACUAUGAGCAUUUUGGCUGCUGUGUGCCUCAGUCUUUACCGCCUGGAGAACACGCAUACGAACCUGGCGCUUUUCAUUACCUUUUCCAGCAUCAAUGCCAUAUACUGCUCAUUCUGGGACAUAUUCAUGGACUUUUCCCUCCUUCAGCCGGUCAACAACAACAACUUUCUCCUUCGCGACAUCCUCGGGUUAAAGAAGAAGUGGCCCUACUACACCGCCAUGGUCGUCGAUCCCAUUCUCAGAUUUGCCUGGAUAUUCUACGCUAUAUUUACGCACGACACGCAGCACAACACCAUCGUCUCUUUCCUAGUUGCUUUCGGCGAGGUGACUCGCCGUGGGAUGUGGACUAUCUUCAGGGUCGAGAACGAACACUGCGGCAACGUGGCGCAGUACAAGGCCAGCCGCGACGUGCCGCUUCCCUACAAGCUCGAAGGCGAGGAGAGCAGCAGCGGCAGUGGUGCCGACGACGGAUUACUGGGCGAACCAACCACACCCGGCAAGGGUCGGAGCUCAGGCGUCGACGCCGAACGGUCGCCUGCAGCUGCUCGCCUGAACUCCCUCGCCAGAGCCGGCUCUAGAGUGUCGGCGGCUGAGGAAGGAAGGGCCGGAGAUUCCAUAGCAGGCGACGUCCCCGGCGGUGCGACGCUGAGGAGGAGGCUCACGCGGGCCGACACCAUCGUCGGGGCGCUCUCGCGACACCUGGCCGAGGCGCACAAGCAGGACUUUGAGAAGCGGCGUAAGCCGCCCGUCAGUCCAGCCGAGGAAGACGACGAGGAGGAGAUGUACCAAAAUAUCCAGAGAGCGACGGUUUCUAGCGACGUGGCUGUCGGGGAAGAGGAUGACACGGACGACAUGGAGGGCGGAGGGGCUUUCAGCGAGGAUGAACGCAGAGAGGAAGAUAGAGAUGGGCAGAGCGAUGGAGAGGACGAUGAGGCGGAGCACGUUGAUACCGAGGUAGUGGAUAGUGGGAAAGAUGCCGUGAGGAGGCAGAGCAAGUCGUAGGGAGGGCUGGUGCUGUUUGGCUAAGGCCAUGAUGUUGGGCUUGUUCUUGUUGCAGAGGAAGACAGACAAGCGAGGGGGAAGGCGAUCAUAUAACGCAUUACUAGCGAGCGAUGUUUCAUGGAUAGACCGGUAUGAUUACCGAAAAAUAGCAUUAUGCACUACUAAUAAGAACAGGAAAAAUUACAGAGUAUGAAGCUUG